ACUGUAAACAGCUGCAACACAGAUAAAGCUGCAGAAACCAAUGAAACCGAUAUCUCUCCGUCUCUCUCUCUCUCUCUCUCGGUCUCUCCGUCUCUCUCUCUCUCUCUCUCUCUCCGUGUCUCUCUCUCCGUCUCUCUCUCUCUCUCUCUCGGUCUCUCCGUCUCUCUCUCUCUCUCUCGGUCUCUCUCUCUCUCUCUCUCGGUCUCUCUCUCUCUCUCUCUCUCUCUCUCUCUCUCUCUGUCUCUCCGUCUCUCUCUCUCUUUCCGUCUCUCUCUGUCUGUCUGUCUGUCUCUCUGUCUGUCUCUCUGUCUGUCUGUCUGUCUGUCUGUCUGUCUCGCUCUCAAAGCUCAUAAAUUCCCCUAAACUCUACAGUUGUGUGUUUUGGCGCGCGCUGAUUUCUUCCUGAAGGUUCACUGCGCAUGUUCAGAGGAAUAACACCAUUUCUGAUUACAGGAAUAAACGCACCAAACUGAUUUCUCACUCUUACUAAAACUUUGUUGACUAUUAGAAACGGGGCUACAGUAGGAGUCCAUUUCUGUCCCUCAGGGUCCAAUCUCCACUGACCUGCUCCCUGGAGCUCAUUACUGGACCUCAAGGGUUUUAAACCCAAAUAUGCCACGCCCACCGUCAAGCGGAAGCCCGUGUCCGACCCGCUUCUCUCGGCUCCUCCCACCCCGCCCCGCCCGCUUCUGUGAGGCUCAUUGUUAUGCAAAUGAGCGCGUCUGAAAUAAUCUCGCGCGCGCAGCUUCGAGCGAGUCAGAGAUUGGUUGGGAAAGCGCUCGAGGAGAGAAGCGCACACACACACGGAGCACGCGCGGGGAGCGGAGACAGCGCUCGAGCCUCCGGGGGGAGAAAAACAACAACAACCUGCAGAGCAGGAAUGGAAGACUGGCCUGUGAGCUGAGCGGUGAAGAAGAAAACCCAGGAGUGCGUUUAAUUUUAAUUUUUUAAUAAACUGCAUCUACAUCACUGCUGCUGAGAUAUUUUUGUUUUGAAUAAAGAUAUCUGCCUUCUAAACCUGGUGCUGCUACCGAGACACCUGUGCGGAUCCUUUACGCAUUUGGAUUGUGGUUCCACUGGUGACGUUUUAUUUAAGGGAUAUAAUCACAUUUAUCUGCUCUUCCUCCAUCAUCAUCAUCAUCAUCAUCAUCCUGAUAAUCUCUGCUGUCCCUCCGCCUACGGUCAGGCUUCAUCUCCCGGUGCAGGGUGAUCCCCGAGCCCCAGGGUCGCACCAUGAGCCAGGCGGACGUGUCCACUUGCUCGGCACCGCAGCGGGUUUUCCAGGAGGCGGUGCGUCGAGGCAACACCAAGGAGCUGCACUCACUACUGCAGAACAUGAGCAGCUGUGAGUUCAACGUCAACUCGUUCGGACCUGAGGGUCAGACCGCGCUGCACCAGUCGGUCAUCGAUGGAAACCUGGAGCUCGUCAAGCUGCUGGUGAAGUUUGGGGCGGACAUCCGGCUCACCAACCGCGAGGGCUGGAGCGCACUGCACAUCGCCGCCUUCGGGGGACAUCAGGACAUCGUGCUGUACCUCAUCACCAAGGCCAAGUACUCCAACGGAGCACGGUGAUGCACGUGCAUCUCUCUCUCUCUCUCUCUCUCUCUCUCUCUCUCUCUCUCUCUCUCUCUCGCCAAAACUUCAGAGACUGCGGUUCAUGAUUUAUUUUUUCUUCUUCACCUAAAACCAAAUUAGUGUUGGGUUCAAACGGAUAAAAUCUCCUCUAACUCCUGAGUGAUCUGACCUGCAUGUGCAUUGGUACUAAAGCUUUUUAUAAAUCGCCCUGAUUGUGUCACAAACAUCAGAAAAUGACUCUUCUUCAUUCUGGUGAUUUUUUUUUUUUUUUUUUUGCUGGAUUGAUGGAUGACCGGUUGCUCCUCAUAAUCACAGUUCCUGAACUUUUUAAUGAUUUAAAAAUCAAAACACACACCCGAAUGGCACUUGAGGUUUUGCUGGAAAAAAAGGGAAUCUAUUUUUCAAGGUCAACACUGAGAACCUGAAAUGCCAUGAUGUGGUCAUGUGUUUGUUUGUUUGUUUGUUUUGUUUGUUUGUUUGUUGAUUUUCUUUGCAAUCAGUUAAAGCAUUUAAUUCUGAAUAAUAUUCAAAAAAUUAUAUCAAUAACAGCAAGUGAAAGUACUGUACACAAUAGCUUUACUUCUAAAUAAGAGAAGUCCAGUGCGUCCUGCAGUCACCUACAGCAGAUGCUAUAGAGGUGUGUGUGUGUGUGUGUUUAAAAAAAGAAAAGAAAGAAAGAAAAGAAAAAACUGCUGCUUUUCACGUCAGGAAAGUUGUGUUUGGAGUAGAUUUGAUCAUCUUCUCAGUAUUUUGUUUCCCUUCUCUUUAAUUUUAACAUCCUGGUCAUCACUGUGAAAUACAGGCUGGGGUUCUUAUUUAUGAAGGUACAUUGAUGAUGAUGAUGAUGAUGAUGAUGAUGGUCAUGAUGAUGCAUGUUUAUUGUUUUGGUUCUUGUUUAAAUCCGUGAUUAGAGAUUCGGGGGAAAUUAAGCUGCUUUGCGUUUUCAUCAGGCCCUCGAACACGUGUGUGUGUGUGUGUGUGUGUGGCACGCUGUAUCCUUUCUUUCUUUUCUUUUUGUUUUUUAAGUUGUAGUGUUCGUCUUUGCGUCCAUACACAUUGUGAUGUCACGAUGACAUCAGAACAGGUGUGUUAGAGCAACAGGACGGUAUUUAUCUCCAUAUUUAUCUCAAAACCUUCACACUUCCCCCCGGUGUGUGUUAUGGAUCUCUGCAUCAGCUACCUCGACUUUAAAGUAUUCAACCUUCUUUUUUAAAGCCUAGUGAUCCGUCUCUCAUAACCUUCAUCGUUCCCUUCAUUAAAAAAAAGGCUGUUCUCCACAAUUUUAUCCAUCACUCUGGAUCUUUUUCAUCAACCAAAAUUAAAUCAAAACCAUAAUGACUUAUUAUUAUUAUUAUUAUUAUUAUUAUUUGCAAGUCAGCUGAUCAUUCAACUUUGCGUGUCGCUUCUUUGUUUGUUUAGUUACAAAAAAGUGUCCUGAUUUUAUUAAAUGCAGGGAGUUUUUGUUGCACAUAAAAAAUCACGGAGCCUUCUUUUAGUUAUAUUAUUAUAAUUUUUUACAAUUGAUUUGAGUUUAUCUCACGCCCCCUGGUGCCUGUUCGGGUAACUGCAGGAUGAGAGAGAGAGAAUCACUACUGAGCACCACUCAACUCACAUACUGUUAGAGAGACUGUUGUGUGAUUUACUGCAGGGAUGAAAAAUCUUCAGAUUUAUAAAUAAGAAAAAAAUCACACAAGGAGCAGACCUGCGUUAGUGUCGGAGUUUCAGCCUGAUGUGUUUCAAUGCUGCUUUUAUUUACAUUUUUUGUUGUUUUUCUUUUAAGUCAACAGUAAGUGAAAGAGGAGGAAAUGUGGAGUUAUAGUUAUAGUGAUUUGCAUGAAGCCUCCUGAGAGAGAGAAAGUGUGUGUGUGUGUGUGUGUGUGUGUGUGUGUGUGUGUGUGUGUGUGUGUGUGUUGCAUGCAUACCACUGUUGAACUGGUUGUUGCUUGCCUGGCCCCGUUGAUAAGCCCUGGUUAGACUUAAGAACAUUUUUAAAGUAAAAAUAAAUGGAAUAAAACCUGGAGUAGGGUAACAUCAGAGUCCGAGGAGAUUUGAAUAAAAUAUAUGCAUUGCAUGUCUUAAACUUGAUAAACUUUUUUUUUUUUAAAGUUGCACUGAUGACUGUUCACUUGUUGGCUUUGUGUCAACAUUUAUUUUUUUCUAAAUAGAAAAAAGGAACAUGACAAAAAAAAGAAAAAGCUCCAGGUUGUUUUAUUGUCUGUUGUGUAUUUGUGUCCAUGUAUGUACACUCACUGGCCACUUUAUUAGGAACACCCAGCCAUUCCCCCUGCUGUUUUCUGCAGUUCUGUAAUCAGCCGAUCCCUCGACAGCAGCACAAUGCAACACGUCACGCAGAUACAAAUCAAGAGCUUCAGUUAAUGUUCACAAUGUUCAAACAUCAGAACGGGAAACACUGUGAUCUCAGUGUGACUUUCUCUCACUGUGGUUUUGGUUUGAUCCAGAUGGACUGGUUUGAGUAUUUCAGGAACUGCUGGUCUCCUGGGGUUUUCACACACAACAGUCUCUAGAGUUUACACAGAAUGGUGCAGAAAACAAAAACACUGAGUGAGUGAGCGACAGUUCUGUGGGUGGAAACAAACGCCUUGUUGAUAAGAAAGGGUCAGAGGGAAAUGGACAGAUUGGUUCGAGCUUUUUUGCCAGGAAGGAUAUAGUAACUCAUAUAAUCACUCUUUACUACUGUGGUGAGCAGAAAAGCAUCUCAGCAUGCAACAGCAGACAGAAGAACACACUGGGUUCCACUCCUGCAGCCAAGAACAGGGAUCUUAGAAUCAACAACACGUUCCUAUUAAAGUGGCCGGUGAGUGUGUGUGUAAAGAAAUGUAUCAGUCAAUCAAAUCCAGACGUGUUCUUUUCCGAAGUGCUCUCCCAGUAUGAUGGGAAUAGAGCAUACAUGUGAUGGUAAGAUCAUUAUACAAAAAAAAAAAAUGAACCAGUUGUUGAAUUGCACGGUGUUGUGUUUGAUUUUGCUCUGAUUUUUGUCAUAACAUUUAUGACAUGGAGAGCCGAAGCACAUGGUUUAGGUGAAAGUAAACUGAAUUUGAAUGAGUCUAUUUUGUUUUCUUUCUUUUUUCUUUUUUUAUGGACCAAGUUGUGUCUUGUGAACAAAUUUUGAGUGAUUUUAUUUUAUUUGUGUGUGUGUGUGUGUGUGUGUGUGUGUUUUGGACAUUUGUAACACUGUGAUUUGUCGUGUGCUCAGAUGACGGAGUGCUGUAAUAUGUUUUGUACGUUUGUGUACAAGCCAGUAAAAAGAAAAAUUAUUAAACCUUUAAAAAAGGUG